AUGUCGUCUCUACUCUGCUGUGACAAGUCUAAUGAAGAUGAAUGGAAUGCAAUCAUUCAAGGAGGUGAUCUUUUUAAGAUAAUCAAGUUGGAAACCACUUCCAAGGAAGCUAAAGCAUUUGUUAUGGGCUUUGGGUUAACUGCAUCUGAUAUCAAAGUCAUAUCUUGCAAUGGAAGAACUGAGGUGGAUGUAACACUAUACGGUAGAAUGUUCGCUUUCCAGUUGGUCAAGACGGAGGAUAGAAAGAAAACUGGACUACUUUUAGCCACUCGCGACCCGUCCGUCUGUGACUUCCUCUACUUUGACUAUUACAAUGGUCUCACUGGACUCAUUCAUUAUCUCAAGAAGCUUCUCAACCAUCCACAUAUGUUCCGAAUGAGAUACGACCACAAUCCAGUUCCUAUGAAUGCUGAAUCGGUUGUGAGAAGUUCUGGAUUGACUGCAUCGGAUAUUGAAGUGAAAUUUGGAGAGAACCGGGGAACUGAAGUGGCGAUCAAGUUGGAGGAGAAGAAGUUUGUGUUCAAGAUGACCAAGGCGGAGUUGAAGAGUCAAGAGGGAACGAUUAUGUCAACCAUGGACCCGCUCAUCUGCAACUUCCUCUAUUCCGACAACAACUUCUGGACCGCGCUAUCCGGUCUCACCCGUUUUCUCAUGGACCGCCUCAAUAUCCCCCGCUUGUACGGCAUCCGAUUCGACGACCCCAAUCGCGACAUUUGUGACCUCUCCAAUCUUCCUGACGCCUUCAAAGCCACUCGAAUGAAUAUUGGGAAGCCAACAGUCACAAAAGAGGAGCUCGACUUUCUCAACUUCAAAUUCGACCGGUUCGACGUGUUGUGCUUCCAUACCGUACCACCGGAGGACUACAAAAAGUUUCCGUUUAGACAUCAAAAUGUUUGUGUGAACAUUGACCUACCUCUGUCUUGGGUUCACUUGGCGGAUAUGGCAUUCAAGGAUUUAGAUCUGUGGUGGUCCAAUCUAUCCGGGUCGGAGCUCAACAAGUUUAUCAAGCACUGGCUUGCAAGUGACAAGCAAACUCCCAUGGAAUCCAUCUAUAUCCAUGACUUCAAGGGUGUAGAGGACCUCUUCGAAGAUCUCCCUGUCUACCCCUGGGAUCCCAAUAGCAGAUCGAAAAACUUCAAUUAUUGCGAUCGGAUUGCUAUCAAUUGUGCGAAAGGAUUUGAUCUACUGAGGGAUGAUGGAACACUGGCGACCAUCGGGUAUGGGAGUCUCUACUGUAUAUUUCUGGUCUGGAAGAGAAGAUUCCCAGACACUUCUCAGCUGUCGAAACACAUGACAAUCUGUAAUCCGACUGAAAUGGGGAUUUUUUUCUAG